UCUUCUCUUAAAUGCCCCAUCGCUCCGUUUUCCUUAACGUCGUUAGUCACUGAGCUCUCCUAUAUAAACGAUUUAACGGUGUCGGUUGUGUCCGCGAUGAACGGAGAACCGAGGAAAAGCGGGCACGCCGGUGGAGGAGGAGGACAAAGAGGCUCAGCCCAGCCUAGAGGGGAAAAGAUAUAAGGGCUGAGGAAUCGGGGAAUACUAGUUCCGAUCCGAAUCCCUUGCAAGAAAUCGAGCUUUUCUGAGAUCCAGGGUAGCCGAAAAGGCUUGAUUCAAAAGGAAACUUUGGCCAUGCCUACAUAUGAAGAGUCAGAGGACAAUGUUAUUUGCUCUUCCCUUGGUAACCUCAAGUGUACGGAUGAUCAAUCAUCCCUGCCAUGUGAAACAUCCAUAUCUCAUGGAGCUAUGGAAGGGAGUCCUGAUCGAAAAGCUUAUGUUAGAAUUACAAAUUCAGAAUAUGGAGAAAAGGAAAGCAGUGCAGCCUCUCCUAUUGGAGUCCGUGUGUCUCCACAUGAAAAGUUUCUACAAGAUAAUGAAGCAGCAAAUAUGCAAAAUCUUAGCAUUGAAGAUGGGACUCUGAAGGAGACAUUGGACAAUGUGACGGAGUCAUCUGAGCAGGAUACAAUUCUAGACUCUUUGCAGUUUACUGCUAAAACUGGUAAUCAUAGUGUACAUUCCAAUCACACUGUUUCUCAACCAAUUGCCCUCGCUACUGAGAAGCGUGCUUGUCCAAGUGAGCAGAAAAAGCUUUCAAAUUUGAACCUUGAUGAGUUGCCAGAUAAUGUGAAGAAGACUCAGGUUAAGUCAUAUAUUGAUUCAAGGAAACCCCUUCAGCCUGAAAAUGCAAAGCAUGUUGAUGAAGAGGAUGCUUGCUCUAUCGCUUCAUCUACUUCUGCUUCUUUGAGGGCAUUUAAAAGUAGAACCACAGUUGCAUCCAUACCUACUUUCAGAUGCAGUGAACGGGCUGAGAAACGUAAAGAGUUCUACUCAAAAUUAGAGCAAAAACAUCAAGCACUUGAAGCGGAGAGGAAUGAAUUUGAAGCUAGAAAAAAGGAGGAGCAAGAGGCAGCUUUGAAACAGCUUAGGAGGAACAUGAAUUUCAAAGCUACACCAAUGCCAAACUUUUACCAUGAGGGCCCCCCACCUAAGGCUGAACUUAAGAAGGUGCCGCCAACUCGCGCAAAAUCACCGAAGCUUGGUCGCAGGAAGAGUUGUGGUGAUUCCAUCAAACCAUCCCCAGCCGAUGGCGAGAACAAAAUUACAGUCCGUGUUAAUCGUCACAGCUUGGAUGGUAGUAAAGAUGGCAGCAAAUCCGGAAGCUUUAAGAAGAGAACUCCACGUAAAGCCGAAGUAGAAAAGGAACAAGCUCCCAAAGUGGUUGAGGAAUCUAGAUCCCAUGAGAAUGAAGGUGACCAGGAAACUGCUGCCACCACUCUGCACUCCUAAACUGUGAGUUCUCACCCUUGCGAUUUCUUCAUGUUUAUUAUGUUUGCUUCUCACCGAUCUGAAGAACUAGAUACCAAGGUGUGCUUGAUUCAUGGUGGCUGUAAAUCUUGUAGUUAAUCGUUAAGGUUUAUGUAACUGAGCACCGAUAACUCUCGAGUUUGUUUCGCUCUCUAAGAACUGUUGUUGUUGCUGUUACUGUCAUUGUUGCUGUUGUUGAUGUUUUCUUGAUAUUUACCAAUGGUUUUGUAAUCUUCACCAAACCAAUCUCUGACUACGUUUUUUUUCUUUAUUUAUAAUUUUUAAAAUUUUAAUUUUAUU